CUCUCUCUCUCUCUCCGCCGUUGUUCGGCAUCGUCGACAUUGCUCACCGGCGGUGACGUUACCGUCCACAUUGCUUUCAAAUGCUUUCCCCCACUUUACACCUUACGAGCAUGUGACAUCCAACCCUAGAUUCCCCUUCACUCCACUCCACCCUCUUAUUCUCACCUUCCCCCUCGCUUUGAUCUACAUCUCUGAGCUACAUCCAUGGCGGGGCCUUCGACAUCGAGGGGUCGGAGUAGCUCGCCAUUCGGAUACCGAAAGCCCCCGCCGAGCUCCUUUUCGUCGACCUCAUUUUCCUCGUCUUCGUCUUCUUUCAUGAAUGGUAGGCUCAUGCCCCGCUCUUCACCUUCCUCUGUUUCCUCGCAUUUUGGAGGUAUGCCGCGAUCUGCUACCCCGAGCCGCGGACGAAGCCGCGCUCCUGUUGGGUUUGCUUCUGCGGAUGAGCUGGUUGAGGAGUUGAAUGAGGCUGCGAGAUCUGGGGAGGGGGAUAGUAUCUCUGUUACCGUGAGGUUUCGGCCGUUGAGUGAAAGGGAGUUUCAGCGAGGGGAUGAGAUCGCGUGGUAUGCUGAUGGUGAUAAGGUGGUGCGCAACGAGUAUAAUCCUGCCACGGCUUAUGCUUUUGACCGAGUAUUUGGUCCUACCACAGCUUCUAAGGUUGUGUAUGAUGUUGCUGCUCGGCCUGUCGUGAAAGCUGCAAUGGAGGGAAUCAAUGGUACGGUUUUUGCUUAUGGUGUAACUAGUAGUGGGAAGACUCAUACUAUGCAUGGGGAUCAGAAUUCUCCUGGAAUUAUACCAUUGGCUAUUAAGGAUGUCUUCAGCAUAAUUCAAGAUACUCCAGGAAGAGAGUUUUUGCUCCGGGUGACGUAUCUUGAAAUUUACAAUGAGGUGAUAAAUGACUUGUUGGAUCCUACUGGUCAAAACCUGCGCGUCAGGGAAGAUGCUCAGGGAACUUAUGUGGAAGGAGUAAAGGAGGAAGUUGUUUUAUCCCCUGGCCAUGCACUGUCAUUCAUUGCUGCUGGUGAAGAGCAUCGCCAUGUUGGUUCGAACAAUUUUAACUUGUUUAGCAGCCGAAGCCACACUAUAUUUACAUUGAUGAUUGAGAGCAGUGUUCGUGGUGAUGAGUAUGAUGGCGUGAUAUUUUCUCAACUUAAUCUUAUUGAUCUGGCUGGGUCUGAGAGUUCAAAAACUGAGACAACUGGACUAAGGAGAAAGGAAGGAUCAUAUAUCAACAAAAGUCUUUUAACUCUUGGAACUGUAAUUGGAAAGCUAAGUGAAGGAAAAGCAUCUCAUGUGCCUUAUCGUGAUUCAAAGCUGACUCGUCUUUUGCAAUCUUCCUUGAGCGGCCACGGACAUGUCUCGCUUAUUUGCACCGUUACGCCUGCAUCCAGUAACAUGGAAGAAACGCAUAACACACUGAAGUUUGCUAGCAGAGCAAAACGAGUUGAGAUUUAUGCCUCUCGGAAUAGGAUAAUAGAUGAGAAGUCUCUGAUCAAGAAAUAUCAAAAGGAAAUUUCUAGUCUGAAGCAAGAACUUGACCACCUUAGGAAAGGAAUGCUUUCGGGUGUAAAUCAUGAAGAGCUAUUGAUCUUGCGGCAACGGCUUGAGGAGGGCCAGGUAAAGAUGCAAUCUCGUUUGGAGGAAGAAGAGGAAGCAAAAGCUGCUCUGAUGAGUAGAAUUCAAAGACUAACAAAAUUAAUACUUGUUUCUACCAAGAACACUAUUCCUAGUUGUUUGAGUGAUUUGCCUAAUCAUCAGCAACGUCAUUCAAUAGGAGAAGAUGAAAAAAUGGAUGUCUUACGUGAAGGUUCUCCACUUCUUCUGGAAAGUGCAAGCAUAUCUUCUGCUCUGUCAGAUGUAUUUGACCCACUUAACGAUCUUAAGAACAAGAUAUCUUCAGGCAAGGUGAGUGAUGAACAUUCGUCUAUGGGUAGUUCAAUCACGGAAUCCACACAAGCAGGAGAACGAGGUGGUGGGACGGCUAAUGGCCACAUGCUUCCAUUGACAGGGAUGACAAUGUCAGAUCAAAUGGAUCUACUUACUGAGCAAGUGAAAAUGCUUGCGGGUGAGAUAGCAUUCAGUAGCAGUACACUAAAACGAUUAACAGAGCAGUCUAUAGAUGACCCAGAGGGUUCUCAGAUUCAAAUUCAGAACUUGGAACGUGAAAUUCAAGAAAAAAGAAGGCAAAUGAGCGUAUUAGAACAACGCAUUGUCGAAAGCGGUGAAGCAUCUAUGUCAAGUGCAUCGCUGAUUGAUAUGCAACAGAAUGUCACGAGAUUAAUGACUCUAUGCAAUGAGAAGGACUUUGCGCUAGAGAUAAAAUCAGCAGAUAAUCGUAUCCUCCAGGAACAAUUAGAUCAAAAGUGUGCUGAAAAUAGAGAGUUGCAAGAGAAGUUCAUCUUUCUGCAACAACAGUUAGAUUCAAUGAAAGGAGAAAAGUUGGAAUUACCUCCGGAACAGAUUUUAUUAGAGGACUUGUCCGGUCUGAAGAAUAAGCUACAGUCUCAGGAGGAGGAAAAUGAGAAACUUGCCCUUGAGAAACGUCAGCUCUGCGAAGAAAAUCGUGGGUUGGUUACUCAGAAUAGGAAGUUGGCUGAAGAGGCCUCAUAUGCAAAAGAAUUAGCAUCUGCUGCCGCUGUUGAGCUGAAAACUUUGGCUGCAGAAGUGACUAAAUUGUCACUGCAAAACGAAAGACUGGGAAAGGAACUUUCAGUAGCUCAAGAAAUUGCAUAUUCGAGAGGUGGUAGUGCUGGUCUUCGUAAGCAUUCUGAAGGCAAGAAUGAUGGCAUCAAACUAGGGAGGAAGAGCAGGCCUGGUAGCAGGGGUGGUGAAUUUGGGAGUGCCGGUUAUGAUGACACUGACUGUUGGAAUGCUGAAUUAGAUACAAUGAAGAUGGAGUUACACACAAGAAAACAAAGAGAAGCUGCUUUAGAAGCUUCUUUAGCUGAGAAGGAGCUUUUGGAAGAAGACUACCAGAGGAAAUUUGAUGAGGCAAAGAAAAGAGAAGCAGCUUUAGAAAAUGACUUAGCAGGCAUGUGGGUACUUGUUGCUAAACUGAAGAAAGGUGCAUUGGGGAUUUCAGAGUUAAGUGCUGAUGAGAGAUCUAGGCUUGGGAUGGACUUGGUAAAUGACGCGGAGAAAAGCAAAAGUGACUCUGAUGAGCCUCAUCUGAGAGAGAGACAAUCAUCGGAUGCUUUCACUGCAAUAACUAACAGCCAGAUGGAUCAAGCUUCUGAGUUUGAACCUCUUCUUGUCCGUCUAAAGGCUAAGAUCCAAGAGAUGAAGGAAAAAGAUCUUGAACCCUUAGGAAACGGGGAUGCAAAUACUCAUGUUUGUAAAGUAUGCUUUGAAUCACCCACUGCUGCAGUGCUCCUCCCUUGUCGACAUUUUUGUUUGUGCAAACCUUGCUCUCUCGCUUGUUCUGAAUGCCCCCUUUGUCGCACAAAGAUUGCUGACAGGAUUAUUGCAUUCACAUGAAGGGUGUUAUGUCUGCAUCUUCUGUACAAUUGAAAUCAGCCUGAUUCUUUUAUUAAGUUUUUCUUCUGAAGGUAUAUUCACAUAUUUCUUGUAAGUGGUGAGAGUUGCAAUCCAUUCUUCUUUUGAAAGGCAGAAAUUGCCUUUGAAGUUUCAACUCUAUAUUAGUCCAUAUUUCCCUUUGUCCAAAAUGUAAUUGGUGUAUUGCUGCAUUUUGUGUAUAGAAACCCCAUACUGGAAGUUGUAGCUGAGACGAUCGUCAUUUAAUAUGAUAUUAGAAGAAAGAAAUUAAAAGGUUUCAUUGGGGGAAUUUCUUGAUCCCCUUUUCUUC